UUACUCACCAUUGUGUGUACUGAGAGUUUCGGUUACAAUUAGUAAUUAAUUCACAAGAGUGUUAGAAAUUAAGUGAAUCGAAUUCCUGUGCCAAAACCGUUUUAUCUUAUUUUGUUUUGAUUUCUUUUGAAAUUAUCAUUCAUUCAGCUGCCAAAAGCCGACGAUUUGCCUGCUCGUUCUUUGAACAUGUCGAUUUAAUAAAAAAAGGAAGUUUAAUCUCAGUUCAACCUGUUUGCAAUUAAUAUAAACUUCAUUAUGAUUUUGUGUAUACAGUGUAAAUUGUUCGGCUAUUACGGAUUACAAAGAAAAUAGCCCGCGACCGACGUUAUGAUUAAUUGCAGUGGAUGUGCUACGGUGCGUUAAAAGAGCCAUAAUGUGAACAUAUUUCACUGUUCAAAGGGAAUAGCCGUAUGAUGUCUCAUAAAAUCGAAGGAUGCUCUAAGGGUCAACAUGCAGGGUCGGAUGAACGUAAAUUUAUCACAAGAAAAUCCACUAUGGAUAUCAUGGCACGACACCAAUUGGAUUCCAAUUUUAAAUCCGACAAAUGUAAUGGAUUAUUUCUCGGAAAAAACGAACCCGUUUUAUGACCGAACGUGUAACAACGAAAUCGUCAAAAUGCAACGGCAAAGUCUGGACCAGCUAAACAACAUGAACGGCAUCGAAUACAUUCUGCUGCACGUCCAAGGGCCUAUUUUGUAUGUGAUUCGGAAACAACAUCGACAUUCACCGAGCGAUGUGACACCAAUAGCUGAUUAUUACAUUAUAGCUGGAACAGUUUAUCAGGCACCCGAUCUAGCAAGUGUCUUUAAUUCGCGAUUGCUGUCCAUAACACAUCAUUUACAAGGCGCUUUCGAAGAAGCCAGUUCGUAUUCCAGAUACCAUCCGAACAAAGGUUACACAUGGGACUUCUCGUCGAACAAAGCUUUGACCGAAAAAACCAAAUCUCAAACGAAGAAAGAAACCGACAAGGUGAAAGAAGAACCCAGUUCACUAUUCCAGCGACAACGAGUCGAUCUACUAUUAAACGAGCUGCUGCAAAAGUUUCCACUGCCAAUGCCACCCCAACAAGUACAACAAAAUGUGAAUCAACCGAUUCAAUCGAAUGGUACGAAAAUGGAACCGAAUGAGUCCACCGAAAUUUCGGUCGAAAAUAUCAAACAAGAAAUCAUAGAAAAUCCACAAAGUAAUGGAGGCACAGAGAUAAAAAGUGAACCAUUAACCUCGGAAAUGAAACCACCGCCGGAGAAGAAAAUGAAAUAAAUUAUUUACAAUUUUACA